CAGCAAUUACACACCAAAUAGUAUUUCCGGUAUAAACAACAAGCAUGAAGUCCAAGGGCGUAGCGUUAAAUAUUUUUAUCAAACAAAUGAAUUUAAAACCUCUCAAGAACAUUAAAUUUACGUUUGAUCCAUAUCAUAAAGGUGUUCGUUCCAUAAGAGAGAUGAUGUGCAUUAUAAAUUCACCCAAGUUGUUAGAUACAAAUCAAAACUUAACAACAAAAGUGGACAUAAAAAGUGACAGGACUAGUCCACAAAUGAAGCUUAAUUUUGCUGAUGGACAUACAGUGAUAUUCAAAACUGAACAUUUAAGUACAUUGACAAUUGCCCAGAAAUUUGCCAAACUUUGUCAAGAUCGAGUAGAAACUGUCACAGUAGGAGAAUCAGCGAUUUUUGCAGCUUCAAAACCAGGAAAAAUGGCAAAGAAGAAAUAAUUUAGUGUUUUUGUGUGUGAUUUUUUGUUCUUUUUGUAAUAAAGCACUCAUUAGUUUGUUGAUAUAAAGGGAAAUAAAAGCAGCGGUAAAGAUA